AUGGAGCAACACAGAGAGCGAGUCGGUUGCAUUGCCGCUCAAGUGAAACAAUUUUACGACAACCAGCAAACUUUCAGAAUAUAUCGCGGAGGCGCUACAAAUAGCACUCGGAAUCACGCUCUUCGAGGGAAAGAUGUGGUCGAUACAAGCGAGCUCCAUCAUGUUCUCAGAGUGGAUGCCGAAAAAAGGACCAUCCUCGUUGAAACGAACGUACCGAUGGAUCGUCUAGUCGAAGCUUCCCUUGAGCACAACCUUGUCCCUCCUGUAGUAAUGGAAUUUCCUGGAAUUACUGCUGGAGGUGGCUACUCUGGGACAAGUGGCGAAUCUAGCAGCUUCAAGUACGGCUUCUUCGAUCGAACCAUUUGUCGGACUGAGAUGGUGCUCGCAACUGGAGAGAUCGUGUUCUGCUCUGAGACUGAAAACGCCGACCUCUUCCGUGGCGCAGCAGGUGCUAUGGGCACCUUGGGAGUCGUCACUAGCGUUGAAGUGCGACUCGUUCAGGCCACCAAGUUCGUGGAGCUCACCUACCAUCCAGUGCGCAGUUUCAGAGAAGCUGUUGAAAGGACGAAAGGGUUCACAGUAUUGCCGGAUCCUGAUCAGCCAGAUUAUGUGGACGGCAUUAUGUAUUCUAAGAACUGUGGGACGAUCAUGACAGGCCGGCGUACGGACGAGCAGAAAGCCGGACUCAGUAUUGCGAGAUUCAGCGCGCCUUCAGAUCCAUGGUUCUCAAUUCACGCACAGGAGCAUCUCAAGAGAAGUCCCGCCGCAGUGACAGAGCUCCUACCUCUUGCAGACUAUCUGUUUCGAUACGAUCGCGGCUGCUUUUGGAUUGGCCACACUGUCUUCGAUUUCUGCUGGUGGCUACCAGACACUGGCACAACAAGAAAGAUACUUGACAAGUUCCUCCAUACGCGAAUGCUCUACGUAAUGGGACGAAGUCAGCCCGUAAAUCUGCAAAUCAUACACGACAUUGCAGUCCCUAUGAGCGUUUCCGAGGACUUCAUGGACUGGGUCACCACCACGACAGAAAUCUGGCCGCUUUGGCUUUGCCCUCUAAAGCCAAGCCCACAGCCAACUAUACACCCUCGGGCCAAAAGCGAGCCAGGUGAAUUGAUUCUCAACAUUGGCCUCUGGGGUCCUCCCAAGAAGCUCAAUGUCGAAUGCUACUUGGAAGAAAACAAAGAAAUCGAAGACAAGCUGCGCGAAAUCGGUGGCAUCAAAUGGGGUUAUUCGCCGAACUUCUGCUCUGUCGAUGAGUUCUGGUUGGAUUUCGAUCGGAAGUGGUAUGAAGAAUUGCGAGGGAAAUUUUGCGCGACUUCAUUACCUACCAUCUGUGAUAAAGCGAGGACAGAGCCGGAUGCUGUGCGGAAGAGAUGGGAUGACUUGACCCUCAAAGAAUGUCUUCCCUUUCUUAUUCCCGGACCCACGCUAUGGGUUAUGUGGAAGUCUUGGAAGAGUCGCGAGUGGAAGUGGAAACAGGAAUCGACGUGGAUGAAUUGGGUUCCUAGGAAAUAG